CUACCGAUGGCGCAUCUACUGUGCACGACUCCUCGUAAUCGUCAAGCUAGGAUCUGACAGUAAAUAUUCUGGUGCUCAUUGAGACCGUUUCUUCAGUCCUCCCGAUGUGCGAGCCAUCGACAAUUGACAACACCGACGCUGAAACGCCGGAUCCGCCUACUCCAAUAAGAAGUCACAAUGAAGGCGAGCUUCUUCCAGAAGAGCACUUCUGGAGGGAUCACUACCAGUGGCUUGAGGAAUGUGGCUAUAGGCUCCGCCCACGUUAUAAACCAGGUUGGAUCCCAUCGUGGAAGAGCAGCCAUAAAGAGUACUGGCGAUGCGAGGAUGGGCAUGCCAUCAUGGUGCCUCACAUCCUGGACGCCACGCGAGUCUCAAGCGGGGAGAUGGUCGUUCUCAAACGCAUUCUCAUUUCGGAGCACCCACACGAAAUUGAGAUCAACCAAUACUUCUCGGCCGAGCCACUGGCGUCAGAUCCGCGAAACCACUGCGCGCCCUUGUAUGAAGUCCUACAGGUAACCGAUCAGGAAGGCAUGAUGAUCCUCGUCACGCCUCUUCUGCGAAGGUACGACAGCCCUCUCCUUGACACCGUAGGAGAGGCUGUAGAGUUCUUCCGGCAGAUCUUCGAGGGCUUGCAGUUCAUGCAUCAACAUCACGUCGCACAUCGGGACUGCAUGAACCAGAAUAUCAUGAUGGAUCCGCACCCCCUGUUCCCGGACAUGUACCAUCCGCGCGUCAUCGAUUGGUCGCGCGAUCUCGAUCAUCCCGCGCGACAUUACUCUCGUACCGCGCGGCCGACGAGGUACUACUUCAUCGACUUCGGACUCUCUCGUAAGUACAGACCGGACGAUGGCCCUCCUCGCGAGCCUCCAAUUCACGGCGGAGACAAAUCGGUGCCCGAAUUCAAGGAGUCGAACGAACCAUGCGAUCCGUUCCCGACUGAUGUGUAUUACAUCGGAAAUAUGAUUCGGGAGGACUUCCUACAGAGAUCGCAUGGCGUCGAGGUUAUGCAAGCUCUCGUCGACGAGAUGGUCCAGGAUGACCCCGUGAAACGACCCAACAUGGACGAGGUCGUGGCUCGCUUUGAUGCCAUUCGUACUUCGCUCAGUUCAAGCAAGCUGCGCUCUCGCCUGGUGUACAGGGACGAAAGCAAGGUGAAACGGGUCUUUAAAGGCGUUAAACAUGCUCUCGGGACUGUCGGCUCCAUUGCGUCGCCUCGGUCCCCAGUACAUACUCCGUAGCGCCUCGAGAUAUCGGGGCAGGGCCAGCAUUCGCUCGCGCAAUGCGUCCUCUUCCUAUGUCUCUCAAGUGCAAUCCUUAUAAUGUCAGCGUUUAACCCUACGUUCAUGAUACUCUACAUUCAUAUAUUCACCGGCCUAAUUCUCGACUCGGCUACACCGUGCAUAUGUCUGGGGCCAAUGUCAGAACCAUCACGCGGAGAAAUAUCUUCACAGGCUCCCGUACCGUUGAACACUGCAUAGGAACGGACGCUGUCAGCGUGUAGCGCGACCACCAGAACGCCUA